CCGAGCCGCACUGAUUGCAUGUGACUAAUCGAGUUUGCCAGUGAAGUAGGCUACAAUUCAUUCCUACGGAAUGUUCACCUGAGAGAGCGAAAGCACUGCAAAAUAACAGACCGAAUCGUUUUGAGAAAUGUCGUGUCAUUAGAAGCGAAGGACGAUUGCACGGUAACCUGACUUAAAAACGGAAAUGACAAAUUCCCUGCUGAAGGAGCGUAGUUUACAAACGUAGGAAAGCCACUGGUGAAAACUCCACACAUACAAAACGAAAAAAAGGAACAUGGCAACGGGUGGAUUUAAACCAAAUGCACAGACAGACUUUCUGGAGGAAUGGAAGGCUAAACGGGAGAAAAUGAGGGCAAAAAUGCUCGGGGACAUCGCUGCGGCCACCGGCGCGUGCACUGGUGGCAUUGCCACUGCGUCCCUGGGGAGCCACAGCAACAAAAGUGAGAUGCGCAAUGCUACCUCGAGCACCGAACUUAACAACAACGGCAACCCGGACCGCGGGACAUCAUACCCCAUGGCUCGCUCAUCAUCCUCCUCAGCCUUGAAGAGACCUGACGAUGACCCACACCCGACACCAACCGUCAGAGGAGCGGAUACACCGGGGAGUAACCUGAAGAAGACGCCGGAGAAAGUGCCCUGCACCCCACAAGAGUCCAGCCCGACUGUAUGCAAUGACCAUGGCAGUGACAAGGAGAGCCCCUCACCCAGUAAAGGCAAAGAGAAGAAAAACAGUGGUCCAAGCGCCAGGAAGGGGAAAGGACAGAUAGAGAAGAGAAAGCUGAGGGAGAAGCGCAGAUCAACAGGUGUUGUCAGCAUGCCAUCCACCGAGAGCCUGGAUGAGCUGGAUGAUGACGACGGAGGGGAUAAGGCGAAGGAGGAGGAGCAGCAGCUGACACAGCUCAACACGGAACAGAACGAAGCCAUGACCUCUGACCCAGGGGCUGCCACCCACUUACUACAGGAUACUCCAAGAUCCGGGAGUGGCCACCACCAGAGCUCUGGAGGUCCUGGUUCUGAGGAGGAGGCGGGGGGGAACAGUCGACACCGCCACGGCAACCGCCAUGGCAACGCCGGAGGACUGGAGAGGAGGAUGGAGGAACUGGAAAAGGAGCUGGCCAGACAGAGGCAGGAGAACGGGCAGCUGCUGAAAGCCCACCAGGAUAAAGACGACCUGAUUGGAAAGCUGAAGGAGGAGAUUGACUUGCUGAAUAGAGACCUCGAUGACAUUGAGGAUGAGAACGAGCAGCUGAAGCAGGAGAACAAAACUCUCCUGAAGGUGGUGGGCCAGCUGACGAGGUAGAACCCAACGGGCCACGGAUCCCCACUUCCAAAAAGAACAAACAAACCCUCCCUCCAACGGAGUGCCCCUCCCAAGCUCUUACACCCCCUGCUCUCACCCUUCCCUUUCUACCCUCGGCCCAAGUCCAGCAUGUCCUUUCUCUGUGUCAGUGGUGUCUCUGUUAUUGUCGCUGGGUGGAAGGGGACAUUUGAAAGUAGCUUUUAGAGCCUUUGUGUCAUAUACACACCUUUUUAUUGUUCUGAGGGGAACCUGAAGCCACUGAGAGCUCUAGUCCUAUUUAGAUCCAAUGGGGUGUCUAAAGGAGGUUCUGUGAUGGUAUAUUUAAUGUAAAUCUCUUGUACAUAGGCCAUUUAGAUUUGUUGUUCUUUUUUGAAGAAUCUUAAAAAGGAAAUUGAAUGUACGUGGUGCAUCACCGAGCACAUGAGGGAUGUUUUGUUUGUUUUAGGAACUAAAAGAGGUCUUGGACAUUUUGACUCUAAUGAUCUGUUGACCAAGGUAUAUAAUGCUUGCCUAGGUUAUGUGCAACCGGCUCUCUGCUUCUGUUCAUCUGCAUCAUUACAGUGUAAAUACGUUGUCAGCCCAUUGACCAUAUUAUCCAUCUCAGCACUAAAACCUGGUCUCCAUCUGCACGUGAAACAACCUGCUCUGUGAUGGAGCCUAUGUCAUUUAGACCAAAUUCAAGACAAAAUCCCUGCUACCAUCAGCCAAAGUGGGCAUAAUGCCGAGCACGUUUACGGAGGUCUUUUUUGGAAAUCCAUUAGUUCCAUUUCCCCAAGGGGAUAAAAAAAAAAAGCCUGGUGCUUUUUCUGUUUAUGUCGAUGCCGCUUUUACUCUCUUGUUCCGAUUUCUACUUGGUACAUUUUAAUCACUGGGGUCGUUUCAGCUAAACUUAGGGUAUGCCGGUGACAUUGUUGGGGAGAUAAAGUUGAAGCUUUAUUUACUGCAUUUCUACACAAUUUAAAAUCUCUAAAAUGGUAUUCGGAGAACAAAAACAAGCUAAAUUGACUUCUGCCAUAAUACGCUAAACUGCUAUUGCCUUUUAAUGGGGAUUUGAAUGAUUAUAGUAGCCUAUUUUAUAUUGUUGGUGUUGAGCUAGGAUAUGAUGACUGCCAUACUCAAUUCACGCCUAAUUUUUAACCCAGGUGGUAUAUUUUCAACCUGAAGUCAUUCAAAUAUAUAUAGCCCCAUUUAUAAAUCAUAAAAAGCAAGCAAUUUGUUUUCAUUAAUUCUAUGCUUUUUAGCCAUUUCAAUGUUGAAAAUGAAAUAUUAUAGUAUGGGGAGAGGUCUUGAGGUUACACCCCAGUAGAAAUACAUGUGGAAUCUUUUGAAAUGCGUUUUGCAUCUGUAACUCAAGCGUUUACAGCUUGUUCUGUUUGCAGUAUUGAUCGGUGUAGCUGCUCUUGGUAUAUAGUGAGCAAGAGUUCUAGAGGAAGCUACUGCAGUGCAUUUUGUUGUAACCAAAUCAACAGAAGGAACAUACUUUUUGAAAUGCAUCUUUUUUUUGAUUUCUCAAGACCGUGAUGUGGCUGUGAGAAGUUCUAUUACUUUACCCAGCUGUACUUAGAGCAUUGCAUUACAUACAGGGGCCCAUUUUGUGCUGAAACAAAUGUGUGGCUCUUGCAUCAUGUGUUCUGUAAAGCCCACUGGGUGGUAAAGAUUUUAGGUUUUAGACAUUACUGGGGUACAUCUCGAUAUAGAAACCCCUCUUACCGGUAGGUAGAGACACACACACACACACACCUUACAGAAAAAACAUGUAAAACCAUGUGUUUUUGGAACAUUUCAUGUGUUAGUUUCACAUUAACCUUUCACAUUUUGAUUCAAAUGUGAAUCUUUUUUGGGGGAUAUUUUUCACUUGAGAUUUCACCGGUGAUGCCCUGCAAAUAAAACCGAUUUGUUAGAAUGCACACACGGUGCUUUUAACAAUGUUUUCAACUCCCAUAUUUGGCCCACUUUGACAUACAUGAUUACGUUGUGUGUAUGUUUGUUUAUACAGUAAUUGUUAUUCCACAUGUUCUCGCCCCGAGGAUUUCAACUCCCAACCUCUUCGUUCCGAUAUAUUCCUACACUUUGGACUUCAAAGUCAAUCUGUUUUGUUAAAAGUACAUAUUUAUCGGUGUGAUUCAGGAGUAAUGUUAAAACAGAAUAGUAUGCCCCUCCAGCAUUAGACAACUGUACAGAAAACCCUCAAAUUGCUGCAAUAAGUAAAUGAGUUAAAUGAUGAGAGAAUAGUCAGAUUAACUGAUAAGUAAAAUGGCAGCGUAGAUGGCUCUCCUUUGGUAAGUGCAGAGAUGUAGGGGAAUGUUUCAGAGUUUGUGCCACAACAGAAAGAUCAGUUUACCACAAAUCCAGACGAUGUUAAGAGUUUAAAUCCCAGGUGGCCUCAUAUUGAAAAGCCAGUACUUAACUACUAAGUGAUCAUGUCAAAUGUAAUCAUUGAGUAAAGAUUUUACUAUUUUAGCUAAACAGCAUACCACUUACUUUAAAACCUCCAUACCAUGCAUUUACUUAUCAUGUUACGUCUUGAUGAAUUGUAAAACAAAGGUCUUGAGAACAUCUUACAAACAUGUUCCUCAAUGACUUUAUUGGGAUGUUGUGCUGUGGUCCCCUGGAGUUUUUGUUGUUGUCUAGUUCCAGUUUUGUUCCAGGGACGUCCCCAAGGAUGUUGUUAGGAUGUUCUUGGAAUGUUGUCAUGGUCCCCUGGAGGUUUUAUCUAGUUCCUGGUUUGUUCCAAGGAUUUUCCCCAGGAUGUUCUUAGCACAUUCCUGGGAUGUUGUGUCAUGGUACCCUGGAGGUUUUGUCUAGUUCCCGGUUUGUUUCAAAGAUGUCCCCCAGGAUGUUUUUAGCACAUUCCUGGGAUGUUGUGUCAUGGUACCCUGGAGGUUUUGUCUAGUUCCCGGUUUGUUUCAAAGAUGUCCCCCAGGAUGUUUUUAGCACAUUCUUGGGAUGAUGUUGUCAUGGUCCCCUGAAGCUCAAAUGUUGUCACAUGUAGUUUCAUUCGAUCGAUCACAUGUUAGUGCCUCCCCGUUAUUGUCACAUUUACUCAAAUGUUGUCACAUGUAGUUUCAUGGUGUCACGUUGAUAUUUUGCUUCCCAAGUUGUCACGUUUAUUUCACAUAUGUUCUCACAUGUUGUUUUACAUGUCACAUGAACUUCAUGUGUUUUUCUGUAAGGGACACACACCUCAUUCUCUCUACAUUAUGCAUGUACAGAAGAUGAAGUCAUUUAAUAAAAGUUUGAUUAUCUCUC